AAUAAGUUGCGAAUAAAAAGCUGAAUUCAUCACAUCAGCAUGGUUUGAAGUGCAUGAAAGUGUUCAUAUUUAAUAGAAAUUAUCCACUUUUGCAUGCUGCGUUAACAUAACUCAUAUUGCUGCUAUAAUCUCUGACACUGAAAUGCACGGCUGUUUUGUUUUGCCCUGACUUUGCACUCGGCAUCAUGAGUUUUUGUUAACCCUUUGUUGUCAUCUGUUUUCCGUGAAUGGUUUAUGUGCACAAAAUGAUCAUUCUUGGCACCGAGGAGCUCAAACAAGCCGAGAGCGUUUUGAAGAAGAGUUUUCCAGAGUCCAUCAAGGUUUAUGGCUGUAUAUUCAACUUAAACAGAGGAAAGCCUCACAAUCUGGAGGUUAUUGCAGACCAAUGGCCAGAUUUCAAUGUCAUUAUUUGCAAACCCAAAGUUCAGGGAACAAAGGAUCGAGAAGGAGAUUUUAACAUAUUCAGCAUCUACUCCAAUAGCAAAGAGGGUCUGAAAACCCUUCUGGACACACCUGGUGUGAUCAAUAGACAUAUAUUCACAUUAUUAGCAGGGGUUGACAUCAGGCAUUUAGAAGCAGUUCAGGAGUUUGCGGAUCAACAUGGACUUCCCUGGAAAGUUCAAGUAGUGAUGAAUGUGUUACUGCUGCAGGAUGAGCGACAGCUGCUGUUUAAAGAGAGUUACGCUGGACUCAGACUGACUCCGCUCAGUGCCGCUCAUGCUCAUCUAGUUAACAGCACGUGGAAAUACGGCGGAGACAGUAACAGCUACAACUCAGUGCUGAACUACAUUACCCACAAUCCUUCAUUGUGUGUGAUAGAGGAGGGCGGCACUGAGCCCGUCUCCUGGCUGCUUGUGUACCAACACGCUGCUCUUGGGUUGCUCUACACAUUACCACAACACCGAAGGAAAGGCUACGCGAAGUUACUGGUGUCUGUGAUGGCCAAAACCCUCCUGGAGCGAGGACACCCGGUCUACUGUUUCGUGGAAAAGGAAAAUGACUCUUCCUACAAACUUUUCAUGUCACUUGGGUUCCAGGAUUCAGCAGAUUACAGGGCUGUGUGGUUUGAGAUCAAUAAACGACAAUAGAUACAAAUAUAAAUCAGUAUGCAUAUAUAAAUCAUAUAUAAUGCAUAUAUUCAUAUAGUAAUGCAUGCAUAUAUACAGAUUUCUAG